UCCUGUUGCCAAGCUGGUCAAAGUGACAGCUCGUUCAUUCGUUAUCCGUGCUGACCGGCAGUGGCUGGGACUCUGUAAGCGAGCGGCCGGGAUAUGUGGUUAUAUAAGAAAGGAAACAUUGCAUAAAGCAACAUACUGUACGUUAUUCUCAAAAAUGGUUCUCAAUGGAAUUAAAGCUAUAAUAUUCGAUUUGGAUAACACCUUGAUUGACACAGCUGGAGCAAGCAAGCAAGCAAUUGAAGAGGUGAUGAAAAUACUGAUUGACAAGGAGCAGUACACAGAGAAAGAUGCUCAUAUCAUUUGUGACAGGUUCCAGGCCAAGCUACUGCAUGAGAAUCUAGAUCAUUCUAAGAUGACCAUCGAUGAUCUCCGGAUAUUGCACUGGGAAGAAGCCCUACAGUCCAUCAGGCCAGGAGAUCACAAGGAGGUGGCCAAAGUGUGCUACACACUAUGGAAAACAAGCCGCUUAGAGCUCAUGACUCUGUCAGAGAGCAUCAAAAAUAUGCUCAUUGAACUUCGGAAACAGGCACGUUUGGCUCUUCUAACUAAUGGAGAAAGGCAGGUCCAGCGGGAGAAAAUCGAGGCCUGUGGUGCCAGUCACUUUUUUGAUGCUAUUGUGGUGGGAGGUGAGCAUGCUGAAGAGAAGCCAGCACCUUCUAUCUUCCUUCACUGCUGUAACCUCUUAGCUGUAAAGCCCGAGGAGUGUGUGAUGGUCGGAGACAAUCUGGAUACAGAUAUAAGAGGUGGACUUAAUGCUGGCUUGAAAGCAACUGUCUGGUUAAAUAAAAAUUCAUCUUUCAGCAGUAAUCCCUACAUUGUUCCUCACUACACUAUAAAUUCGGUAGUAGAUCUACCUGAUGUUUUGAAGAACCUAAAAUGAAAGAUACUUGGACCAAUGAACCGAGACUUAACUGAUUAUUGGGAAUAUUGCAAUUAUUUUGUUAAUCACUUUUAUGGCUGUGUUUUAAUAAAUCAUUUA